AUGGGUGAAGUGCAGUUAAAGCUCAUGAAAAAUCCACCUGUGUCCCCAGGGAGCCAUGGUGCUGUGGCUUGGCUUGUGGAAGGAAUUAGCAUAGAGGAUGCACAGGACCAGCUAAGAUCUGAGCUUAGACAGAGCCACAUGUCUACCAGACAAGAAAUCAAAGUCUCAGAGAAAAGAAAAAGACUUUCUGCCAGGAUUGACAAAUUCCAUGGCACCAGCCUGGCAUUUCUCAAAGGUUUGGAGGUGGAUGAUGUCUUCAUACCCCAGGAUGAUCCAGCAUUCCUUGGGCAAGGUGAAGAAAUUGAUGACAAUGGAGAGUACUGGGAAGAUGAUGAGGAUUGGGAGCCUACAGAAGAAGGAGAGGAGCUACCUGCUGAGCUCAUGAGUAUAUGGAUGCCCUCAUCCAUUGGAGCAACCAAACUGAUGGAGCUUGGCCUUCAUGACCUCCUCAAAGAAGAAAUGGAACUCAGGAUUGGGCAAGCUAAUGAUUGUCUAGACCAGCUCUGA